CCGGAGUUCUCGGCCCCUCCCUGCCCCACCCUCCCCACGUCCCCCGCCCUCCCUCCCCCACUCCCCGUGGCGCGAGCGGCUGACUGAGCCUGGAGAGGAAACAGCAUUCGGAGCUGCGCUCCCGCCCAGGCCGGCCCUGACGCGGGCCUCGUCAGCCGGUAACGGGGAGCAGAGGUGGGGGCCAGGGAGGCGACCACGAAAACGGUGAAGGUCAGAACCGAGAGGCCUCCUCCGAGAAGGGCAGGAGCUGGGAGGAGGCGGCAGCGGCAGGAGCAGCGGCGGCGGCGGCGGCAGCUGGGAGGAGGUGGUGACGGUGGCAACGGCAGCGUCGGGGACGAUGGCGCGACUGGUGGCAGUGUGCAGGGACGGGGAGGAGGAGUUCCCCUUCGAGAGGAGGCAGAUUCCCCUCUACAUAGACGACACCCUCACGAUGGUGAUGGAAUUCCCUGACAAUGUGUUAAAUCUCGAUGGGCAUCAAAAUAAUGGUGCACAACUAAAGCAGUUUAUUCAGCGACAUAGCAUGCUUAAGCAGCAAGAUCUAAGUAUUGCCAUGGUGGUGACAUCACGUGAAGUAUUGAGUGCACUUUCUCAGCUUGUCCCAUGUGUUGGUUGUCGUCGCAGUGUGGAGCGCCUCUUUUCCCAGCUUGUAGAGUCUGGAAAUCCUGCACUUGAACCCCUGACAGUAGGGCCCAAGGGAGUCCUAUCUGUAACUCGAAGCUGCAUGACUGAUGCAAAGAAGCUUUAUACCUUAUUUUAUGUACAUGGGUCCAAACUAAAUGACAUGAUAGAUGCUAUUCCAAAAAGUAAAAAGAACAAGAGAUGUCAGUUGCACUCCUUAGAUACACACAAACCAAAACCUUUGGGUGAAGGGAGCAGUAGCAGUGUCAGUUCAGAGAAGUUAAGUACAGAUAAGAGAAGUAGUGAAGACCACAGGAAGGACAGCAAGUGUAGGAUCAUUUUCCAUUAUGGACCUUUCCAGGGAACAGCCAGAGGUUGUUGGAUGGACGUAUGGGAACUAAUGUCCCAAGAAUGCAGGGAUGAAGUAGUUUUAAUUGACUCUAGUUGUCUUUUAGAAACACUAGAAACAUAUCUGCGAAAACACAGGUUUUGCACUGAUUGCAAAAAUAAAGUCCUCCGAGCAUACAAUAUCCUUAUUGGUGAACUUGAUUGCAGCAAAGAAAAGGGCUACUGUGCUGCACUUUAUGAAGGUUUGCGGUGCUGUCCACACGAGCGGCACAUACACGUUUGCUGUGAAACAGACUUCAUUGCACAUCUCUUGGGUCGUGCUGAGCCAGAGUUCGCAGGAGGGUAUGAGCGAAGAGAAAGGCAUGCUAAGACAAUAGAUAUAGCUCAAGAGGAAGUUCUGACCUGCUUGGGAAUUCAUCUUUAUGAAAGACUGCAUCGAAUCUGGCAAAAACUACGAGCAGAGGAGCAAACAUGGCAGAUGCUUUUCUAUCUUGGUGUUGAUGCUUUACGAAAGAGUUUUGAGAUGACUGUGGAAAAAGUACAGGGUAUUAGCCGAUUAGAACAACUUUGUGAAGAAUUUUCAGAGGAGGAACGAGUAAGAGAACUCAAGCAAGAAAAGAAACGCCAAAAACGGAAGAAUAGACGAAAAAAUAAAUGUGUAUGUGAUAUUCCUACUCCCUUACAAGCAGCAGAUGAAAAGGAAGUAAGCCAAGAGAAGGAAACAGACUUCAUAGAAAACAGCUGCAAAGCCUGUGGCAGCACUGAAGAUGGUAAUGGUUGUGUAGAAGUCAUUGUUACCAACGAAAAUACGUCCUGUACCUGUCCUAGCAGCGGCAAUCUCUUGGGGUCCCCUAAAAUAAAGAAAGGCUUAUCACCACACUGUAAUGGUAGUGAUUGUGGAUAUUCAUCUAGCAUGGAAGGGAGUGAAACAGGUUCUCGGGAGGGUUCGGAUGUUGCCUGCACUGAAGGCAUUUGUAAUCACGAUGAACACGGUGAUGACUCCUGUGUUCAUCACUGUGAAGACAAAGAGGAUGAUGGUGAUAGUUGUGUUGAAUGUUGGGCAAAUUCUGAAGAGAACAACACCAAAGGAAAAAAUAAAAAGAAGAAAAAGAAAAGCAAGAUGUUAAAAUGUGAUGAACAUAGCAAUUGCUAUUAUUUCCUGCCUUUUUAUCUGGGACAUCCUUUGCUGUGCUUUCAGAUCCAAAAGCUUGGAAGCUGUAUUACAGAUCCAGGUAAUCGAGAGACCUCAGGAAAUACCGUGCACACAGUGUUUCACCGCGACAAGACCAAAGAUGCACAUCCUGAAAGCUGUUGCAGUUCUGAGAAGGGUGGGCAGCCACUGCCUUGGUUUGAGCACAGGAAAAACGUACCACAGUUUGCAGAAUCUACAGAACCGUCAUUUGGUCCUGAUUCCGGAAAAGGUGCCAAGAGCUUAGUUGAACUCCUUGAUGAGUCUGAAUGUACUUCAGAUGAGGAAAUCUUUAUCUCACAAGAUGAAAUACAGUCAUUUAUGGCUAAUAACCAGUCUUUCUACAGCAAUAGAGAACAAUACCGACAGCAUCUGAAGGAGAAAUUUAAUAAAUACUGCCGCUUAAAUGAUCACAAGAGGCCCAUUUGUAGUGGCUGGUUGACAACGGCUGGAGCAAAUUAAAUAAAUAAAAUAGCUCUGUCUUUCAAUGAAA